AGCCGACUGUUCCCCCUUCCUCCACUGGUGACGUCACGAGUAGGGGAAGUGGGGUUUCUCCACUUCUGGCGGCAUCUGCAAGCAGUCGGCUGCCGAGGAGUGACAAACACCCAUCAUGAUCGGCGCAGCCACAGUCUUGGGAUUGCUGGGAUAUGUCACAUUUGCAUAUUCGACAAACACUGGACUGAGAGGAAAAUUUUUUAACAAAAUACCUAGUGAUGACCGAUUCAAUUAUUUUGAUGCUGAGCUAAUACAGGAAGCUACAAAGCGGCAUGAUGGAAAUGUACUUAUUUCUCCAGUGAGUAUGAAAGCUGCUCUGCUAAUGGUACUUGAAGGUGCAGUAGGUAAAUCUGCAGAUGAAAUUAAAGAUGUUCUGCGAUUGCCUGAUGAGAAGGAGUUGUAUCGGAUGAAAACGCAGCAAUUUCUGCGUAGACUCGCUGUCAAAUCUCCAUCGAUUACCAUUGAGACCGGAAACAGUCUCUUCCUCUCAAAUGACUUGAAGCCAUAUUCGGAAUACAGAGCUGCAAUGCAAGAAUAUUAUUCUGCUACCAUCAGUGAAGUGGAUUUCACUUCACCAACAAAAGCUGCUAUGACAAUCAAUGACUGGGUUAGUGGAGUCACCCAUGGACUUAUACCAAAACUUGUUGAGGCAGAGGGUCUUCCAACUGAUACAAAGCUCAUGAUGACCAAUGCAGUCUAUUUUAAGGGAAAAUGGAAAAUAGCCUUUGAUGCAGAUGGUACAACAGUGAGAUGUUUCUACAAACAGAAUCUUGAAUGCCAAAGAUCAUAUUUCAUGGAAACCCUAAGUUACUUCAAGUAUGGUUACAUAAGCUCUCUCGACGCAGAGGCUGUGGAAAUUCUUUAUUAUGAUGAUCAAUAUUCAAUGGUGAUUCUACUUCCAACCAAGAGAAACAGCAUUAACAAGUUAAUCAGGGACUUAACACAUACCUCACUUUCAGAGGCAAUCGGAAAACUUCAGCUAACAGAAAUACUGCUGUCAAUACCUCGUUUCAACAUAACCUACAACUCUGAGCUCAUACCUGUUCUUGAGAGGUUAGGAGUAAAAGAGGUGUUUGGGGCUCAUGCUAAUCUCUCUGGAAUUGCAAGAAACAUAGGAACAGCUCAUAUCAGCCAAAUACUACAUGCAACGAAGAUUGAAGUCAAUGAAGAAGGAACAAUUGCAGGGGCUGGUACAGGUGUUCUAGUUGUUCCACUUAUGGGAACUACCAUUCCGAGAUUCCGAGCUGAUAGUCCAUUCUUAUUUUUUAUCCGUGAUACUGUGACUGGAACUAUACUAUUUGGUGGGCUUGUCUCAACUCCAGAAGCCGCAAAUAUGCAACCGAGUGAAGAAACUUUCGUAUCAGAGUUAAAAGUUGAAUUGGACACAAGGAAAGAAGAGACGACAGAACAUUAUAUUACACAAGUAUCAAGAGGACAUACAAAACAUCUAGUAGCAAGACCAACCAACCUUCCAACAGAUGGAAGACCAGUAUACCAACAACCACAAUCCAAUGACAAAGAUGCCAUUCAGUUUUCAUUUUCAGGAAAUUUAUAGUUUAUCUUUCAGUAUGUAAGUGUCUUGAGAUUUGCAGGAUGACAGUGCCCAAGACAGUCAUUGCAAGACUGAAAAUGAUCAGUAAAGGUCUAAGAUUACACAAACAGUUCUCUGUUGCAUGAUUAUGCAGAGUUGGACUGCAAUUUAUACAUAUUGAGACACAGUUAAGAAUGUAAACUACAGCUGUGUUUCACACAUAAGAAAGUACAUAGCAUUGCAUACAUUUCAGUGUACAUUUUACCAUCCCUACUCCACUCAAGAAGUGAAUGUAGGAAAAGUGACUACCUGUAUACCUAUCUGAAAGCUGUAAUGUACCUAAUCGUAUCUCCAUCAUUCAUGUAAGGACACUACACAAGAACUGGACAAUAUUAAGAUUCCACAAAGAAAAUCAUUCUUAAGGUUUUGAAAGUAUAAUGUAAUAAAAAAUUGAGUGGCUGCUAAUUUAAAUUUUUCAUUGUUUGAGACACAUGUUCGAAAGUAGAAAACAUCUCGAUAAACCAAAUACAGCAAUAUGUUUCCUGUAAUGGUCAACACCUCUUUCUUUUUUUAAUCCACUUUAAUUUAUAACAGAAAUGCUCUCAUUAUUUAUAUUUUCAACCAAAUAAAAUUGUGCAUUGUUUAUUAA